GACAGGCCGGUGGAGCGCACCAAUGGCACUAGACCGCCAUCGCUGCACACGCGUCGCAUCCACAGCAUCAUGGGGAUAUUCACUCGCCCAUCCAGGGGCGCAUGGGUCUGGCGGCCGGCGCGCAGUGGCUCAGGCGUCCUGCCGGCCUAUCGCCUGUCGAUCUCGUCUCCAGAGGGGGGUAGAAGUAUCAGCCCGUCUCAGCCCUCGCUUUCUCUCACCCCGGUCUUUCUUCCUUCUCAUCCAACUCAGACACAGUCCUUUCACGCUGCGGACCUCUUUCUUUUCAUCCCAGCGUCUGUUUUAUUGUUCGUCGGCUCUCUUCCCAGUCUCUCGCUCAUUCCAUUUCAUUCUUUUUUUUUUCUCUCUUCCCUUCGUAUCGCUCGCUACUCACCUGCUCAGGGGUUGGUCGUUGGAUACGGUGUCUCUGAACUGGUGGAAUCCCGUUUCUGUCCAUUAGAGGGUGCUGCACCCUGUUCGUUUUCGUGUCUCUUUUCUCUUCUUCCAGUUACUUGA